GAAAAUUUUAGAUUUAUUUUGUUUAUGGAAUGGCUCUAGUUAGCGAGGAAAGUUCUAAAUCUCAAAGUAGUUUGGGAUCUUUCAAAACACUCGGACUUGAUCCAAGAAUAUUGAAGUCAUUGCGAAAACUCAAGUGGGAAAGUCCGACUGCAAUCCAAGCUAGUGCUCUUCCUUUGGCACUGUCCGGAAAAGAUCUUCUGAUCCAGGCUACAACUGGGAGUGGAAAAACUGCUAUUUUUGUGCUUCCUAUGGUCCAGAAAAUUCUGCAGAUCAAAGAAUCGAAAACUAAGGAAGCGAAAAGCAAUUCAGUCCUAGCUUUGGUGUUGUGUCCUACGAAAGAAUUGUGCAUUCAAACAGAAGAAUGUUUUGUUCAGGCUACGAAAACAUUUCCAGGUAUAAUUGUGUUUCGAAGUUUAGACCCGACGGAGGCUAAAAGUGGGGUAUUUUCAUCUCUCGAAGUGCAAUUUCCAGACGUGCUGAUUGGGACUCCACGUCAAGUUUCUAGAUGUCUUAGCAGCUUUUCUGGAAAGAUCAUCCGCAAAGUGAAAUUGGUAGCCAUCGAUGAAGCAGAUGCAAUGUUUUCAUGUGGGUUUGAGAAAGAUCUUCGGGAGACAUUAAGCCAUGCUGGCCGCAAUUUUCAAUCAAUCGUACUUUCUGCCACUUUGAGUAAAGAAGUAGCUAUUAUCAAGACGCUUUUACCGCAUAAUUUAGCGUUGGUAAGAUUGCUGAACCAAGAGCUACCAGAAAAGAAACAAUUGAAGCAGCUGUGUUUGAGAGUCCAACACAAGACUGCCAAAUUUUGUGUACUACUGCAUUUGUUGAAGUUUGAGAAAAUACGGGGCAAAUGUCUUGUGUUUUGUAAUAAUAUCAAAAGUUCCUACAAAUUGAAGUUAUUUUUGGACAGCUUCAAGUUUUACAGUUGUGUUUUGAAUGACCAGUUGCCUUUCAACUCGAGACACAGUGUAGUUGAGUUGUUCAAUUCGGACCAGUACGACAUCAUCAUUGCGACUGAUCUGGCUGCUCAAUCUUUUCGCAGCGAGAAGAAAAAACACACAGACCAGGAGUUCUCCUUAUCCAGAGGAAUCGACUUCCAAAAUGUAUCCCUGGUGCUGAACUUCGACUUCCCAACUGACUCUUCGGUGUACAUUCACAGAGCAGGCAGGACUGCCAGAGGAGCGAAGAGGGGAACUGUGCUGUCUUUAAUAAUGCCGUCAGACGAAGCAGCGCUUACAGCUGUACAGGAACGAUUAAAAAGUGACAGCGACGAUGCGACAGAGGAAUCAGAAAAUGCAGUUGAGGAUUACUUUGUCGAUAUGGCCGAAGUAGACAAACUUGUGUACAGAGUGAACGACGUGCUCUCGUCUCUCUCUAACAAGACCAUCCGAAGUGCACAGCUUCAGGAGAUACACACGGAGCUGCUGCAGUCUGAGAAACUUAAGAAGCACUUCAAAAAACACCCCAGUGACCUGGUGGCCGUGCAACAUGGAAACAACCAGACUGGAAGCAAACUCAAGAGGAAGUUCGAAGACAUCUCAGAGUUUCCGGAGUACCUGGCUCCCACGAAACUAUCCACUAGUGAUGCCGGAAUUGAAGAGGUCCAGAGCGAUACACGGGGUGUCUUAGGAGAGAGCAAAGAUGACGGAGGAGCUUGGGACCGGAAAAAGGCGAAGAAACAGCUGCAGAAGGAAACUCUAGAUUACUACAAGAAACUAGGUCUCCUGAAGAAAGGCAAAAAGCAGAGUAGAAACAAAGAUCCCCUCAAGUGUCUAUGAUAUCUUGGUAGAUUUUUACGAUGUCAAUGUUUAAGUGCAAGAAUCUUCGCAACCAUCCCGCGGAUCCAGAAAAAAGACUGA